ACUCUUGCCUCCGGAGCCCUCUGAUCCUGUUUGCAGUGAUGCUCCGAGGGCAGGCACCUGCUGCUCUGUAAUGAUUCAGCCCCUUUCAGCCGUCGUCGCGUUAACACAACAGGAUGCUGUUGCUAUUGUCACUACUGCCUCUCCUGCCGCCGCCGCUGCUGCCGCCGCCGCCACCGCCGCUGGUCCUCCUUCUGCUUUUACUUCUCCUGCAUGACAGUUGUUUUCUUCAUCUGAGCAGACACCAGCUUCAGAUGCUCGAGGUGAGAAACAUGCCUUUCAGUUUGGGCUACUGGUUUACUUAAUUAAUCAGCCGGCAGCUCCGUCGAUCUAUUUUGGUCCCUGUCCUCUUGACGAGCCCGGGAUGGUUUGGAGUAGCGUUUAAAAGAACUAGAAAAGUGGCCCAGAAACAGCAGCUUAAAGAAUUAUUACGAUAUACUUUGAUUUUGUAGUUGCUAGGAGCUUUUCUUCCCCGCUUGCAUCUUUCUGAACUCUUCUUGAUUUUAAUAAUGGCCUUGGACUUGGACGAUUUAUCGAUUUCCCUCUGUAAGAUGCUGUAUCAUUUGGUUGGGGGGGCCUCUGCGUGGUAAUGGACCGUGAGAGCGGCCAGGCCUUCUUCUGGAGGUGAGCCGAUGGAGAUUUAUUCCCCAGACAUGUCUGAGGUCGCCGCCGAGAGGUCCUCCAGCCCCUCCACUCAGCUGAGUGCAGACCCAUCUCUUGAUGGGCUUCCGGCAGCAGAAGACAUGCCAGAGCCCCAGACUGAAGAUGGGAGAACCCCUGGACUCGUGGGCCUGGCCGUGCCCUGCUGUGCGUGCCUAGAAGCUGAGCGCCUGAGAGGUUGCCUCAACUCAGAGAAAAUCUGCAUUGUCCCCAUCCUGGCUUGCCUGGUCAGCCUCUGCCUCUGCAUCGCCGGCCUCAAGUGGGUAUUUGUGGACAAGAUCUUUGAAUAUGACUCUCCUACUCACCUUGACCCUGGGGGGUUAGGCCAGGACCCUAUUAUUUCUCUCGACCCAACUGCUGCCUCAGCUGUGUGGGUGUCGUCUGAGGCAUACACUUCACCUGUCUCUAGGGCUCAAUCUGAAAGUGAGGUUCAAGUUACAGUGCAAGGUGACAAGGCUGUUGUCUCCUUUGAACCAUCAGCGGCACCGACACCGAAGAAUCGUAUUUUUGCCUUUUCUUUCUUGCCGUCCACUGCGCCAUCCUUCCCUUCACCCACCCGGAACCCUGAGGUGAGAACGCCCAAGUCAGCAACUCAGCCACAAACAACAGAAACUAAUCUCCAAACUGCUCCUAAACUUUCUACAUCUACAUCCACCACUGGGACAAGCCAUCUUGUAAAAUGUGCGGAGAAGGAGAAAACUUUCUGUGUGAAUGGAGGGGAGUGCUUCAUGGUGAAAGACCUUUCAAACCCCUCGAGAUACUUGUGCAAGUGCCCAAAUGAGUUUACUGGUGAUCGCUGCCAAAACUACGUAAUGGCCAGCUUCUACAAGCAUCUUGGGAUUGAAUUUAUGGAGGCGGAGGAGCUGUACCAGAAGAGAGUGCUGACCAUAACCGGCAUCUGCAUCGCCCUCCUUGUGGUCGGCAUCAUGUGUGUGGUGGCCUACUGCAAAACCAAGAAACAGCGGAAAAAGCUUCAUGACCGUCUUCGGCAGAGCCUUCGGUCUGAACGAAACAAUAUGAUGAACAUUGCCAAUGGGCCUCACCAUCCUAACCCACCCCCCGAGAAUGUCCAGCUGGUGAAUCAAUACGUAUCUAAAAACGUCAUCUCCAGUGAGCAUAUUGUUGAGAGAGAAGCAGAGACAUCCUUUUCCACCAGUCACUAUACUUCCACAGCCCAUCACUCCACUACUGUCACCCAGACUCCUAGCCACAGCUGGAGCAACGGACACACUGAAAGCAUCCUUUCCGAAAGCCACUCUGUAAUCGUGAUGUCAUCCGUAGAAAACAGUAGGCACAGUAGCCCAACUGGGGGCCCAAGAGGACGUCUUAAUGGCACAGGAGGCCCUCGUGAAUGUAACAGCUUCCUCAGGCAUGCCAGAGAAACCCCUGAUUCCUACCGAGACUCUCCUCAUAGUGAAAGACAUAACCUUAUAGCUGAGCUAAGGAGAAACAAGGCACACAGAUCCAAAUGCAUGCAGAUCCAGCUAUCAGCAACUCAUCUUAGAUCUUCUUCCAUUCCCCAUUUGGGCUUCAUUCUCUAAGACCCCUUGGCCUUUAGGAAGGUAUGUGUCAGCCAUGACCACCCCGGCUCGUAUGUCACCUGUAGAUUUCCACACGCCAAGCUCCCCCAAAUCGCCCCCUUCGGAAAUGUCUCCACCCGUGUCCAGCAUGACGGUGUCCAUGCCUUCCAUGGCGGUCAGCCCCUUCGUGGAAGAAGAGAGACCUCUACUUCUCGUGACACCACCAAGGCUGCGGGAGAAGAAGUUUGACCAUCACCCUCAGCAGUUCAGCUCCUUCCACCACAACCCCGCGCAUGACAGUAACAGCCUCCCUGCUAGCCCCUUGAGGAUAGUGGAGGAUGAGGAGUAUGAAACGACCCAAGAGUACGAGCCAGCCCAAGAGCCUGUUAAGAAACUCGCCAAUAGCCGGCGGGCCAAAAGAACCAAGCCCAAUGGCCACAUUGCUAACAGAUUGGAAGUGGACAGCAACACAAGCUCCCAGAGCAGUAACUCAGAGAGUGAAACAGAAGAUGAAAGAGUAGGUGAAGAUACGCCUUUCCUGGGCAUACAGAACCCCCUGGCAGCCAGUCUUGAGGCAACACCUGCCUUCCGCCUGGCUGACAGCAGGACUAACCCAGCAGGCCGCUUCUCGACACAGGAAGAAAUCCAGGCCAGGCUGUCUAGUGUAAUUGCUAACCAAGACCCUAUUGCUGUAUAAAACCUAAAUAAACACAUAGAUUCACCUGUAAAACUUUAUUUUAUAUAAUAAAGUAUUCCACCUUAAAUUAAACAAUUUAUUUUAUUUUAGCAGUUCUGCAAAUAGAAAACAGGAAAAAAACUUUUAUAAAUUAAAUAUAUGUAUGUAAAAAUGUGUUAUGUGCCAUAUGUAGCAAUUUUUUACAGUAUUUCAAAACGAGAAAGAUAUCAAUGGUGCCUUUAUGUUAUGUUAUGUCGAGAGCAAGUUUUGUACAGUUACAGUGAUUGCUUUUCCACAGUAUUUCGGCAAAACCUCUCAUAGAUUCAGUUUUUGCUGGCUUCUUGUGCAUUGCAUUAUGAUGUUGACUGGAUGUAUGAUUUGCAAGACUUGCAACUGUCCCUCUGUUUGCUUGUAGUAGCACCCAAUCAGUAUGUCUUGUAAUGGCACAUCCAUCCAGAUACGCCUCUCUUGUGUAUGAAGUUUUCUUUGCUUUCAGAAUAUGAAAUGAGUUGUGUCUACUCUGCCAGCCAAAGGUUUGCCUCAUUGGGCUCUGAGAUAAUAGUAGAUCCAACAGCAUGCUACUAUUAAAUACAGCAAGAAACUGCAUUAAGUAAUGUUAAAUAUUAGGAAGAAAGUAAUACUGUGAUUUAAAAAAAACUAUAUUAUUAAUCAGAAGACAGCUUGCUCUUACUAAAAGGAGCUCUCAUUUACUUUAUUUGAAUUUAUUUUUCUUGACAAAAAGCAACAGUUUUAGGGAUAGCUUAGAAAAUGGGUUCUGGCUUGCUAUCAGGGUAAAUCUAACACCUUACAAGAGGACUGAGUGUCACUUUCUCUCUGGGGGAAUGAUCCAGCAGCUUAUCUAGUUGACGAUCAAAACACGGCUGAUAAAGGUGCAAUCAUUUCUGACAUGUAUUUUUCACUGAUUUUGAAGCUAGUGAUUGGUUGUGUCUUCUUGGCUCAAAAAGAAGCAUAUUACGGCACAAAAAGCCCAGCCCAGACAGCACAUGCAGCAUUUUGUCUGAAAUACUUCUAGAGUCAAACGUGCCUGCUGUACAUAGCGAUGACUUGUCAUCAUAGGGAAGUAUUUCCAUCGUAGAGUGUUCAGAAGGAGUGACUGUAUAGGUGGAGAGAAGCUUAGUGACUCCGUUGAAAUUUUAAAAUGUGGAUGACCACCCCUUUCUCCCCCUUAUUUUUCUUUUAUCUUUCCAUGUUGCCUUGAUCAGGUCAUAACUAUGCAUGAACAUUUUUUAUCAGGAAUGGCCGAUGUGUAUGUGAUUUGUAAUCACAAGUAAUGAUUCAUCAGGAAAUGUCAAUCCUGUUGGAAAGAUUGCACCUUUACUUGCAGAAGUGACCCCCACCUGUGUCCUGACCUCUCCAUUUACAGGCUCUCUCACCCAUUUCCCCCACCUCCUUUAAUUUUUGCUUUACUGUCAUAAAGUAGGACUAAGAUUGGUCUAAGCAUUGCAUGUUCUUUUGUGAUGGUAAAUCCAAAGGUAGGCCUAUAAAUAUUAACGUUUGAAAUAACUGCUAAUUCAGGAAAAUGGAAGAAAAAAAAUGAUUUGAAACACAGAACCCAUUUCAUGGCCUGCCUGAUAUCUGUGAAAUCAGGGCUGGAGCUUUACUUAGGAUUCACAUGGCCUCCUAGGAACCAUAGGAUAAAUGGGAAACAGGUUAUCGGGGGGAUUCAUGAAGUCAGUGAGAGUAAUUGCUUCUUUUUUGCGGGUGAACUGAAUGUAUUUCUUCACCAAAUCUUGAUGUUAACAAUUAAAAAGAAGAAAUGACAUGCAAGUAGGUCUUAGCAGAAAAAUGCAGGCUGGGCAUGAGUCAUGUUGUUACGCUCCCACAUGCUCCUACAAUCCACAGAGAUGCCUGUCUGCAGGUUCUUGAAGUUACUGUUAGUAUUUGGUAUCUCAAAUUUUCUGUCACUGUUCACAUGCCACUUUCUCUGUGCUCAGUGGUAUCCUCAUUUGCUUUUUAACCUACACUGAGGAGUCUUUGUCAGUUUGCACUGAUUUUCCAAUUCUGCAGUAAUGAGUAAGCUCACAGCAUGGGGAAGAAGACAGUCAGUCCAAUGAAGUUCUCUAAAUUAUUUUAACAUUGCCUUUGAAGGCCUUGACUCAUCCUUAGCUAUUUCAAUGAAGAAAUUCCUACCAUGAAUUUAAAACCCUAAAAAUUCUGUUUCAAAUUCUUUGGGCAUUGGGGUACUCAGAUAUCCCAUUGUGGAAGAAUUUUAAGAAUAAAUAGAAGUUUCUGUUGAGAACCAUGAGCAACAUGUUUCUUACAAUGAGAAUUGCUAUGCAUUUUAAAAUUGCAAAUAUAUAUGAAAAUUGAAGACAAGAGGAAAUUGUAUUUCUAACUUGAUUCUGAUCACUCACAGAGGUGGCAUAUUAUUAUAGUUGGGACAUCCUUUGCACCCUUCAUAGAAAAGGCCAGCUGACUGCUCAGCAUCACCUGCCAAGGCCACUAGAUUUGUGUUUACAGGGGUAUCUCUGUGAUGCUUGUCACAUCACUCUUGACCACCUCUGUUAAUAAAUUCCGGCAGUGCAGUGGCGAUCGGAGUGUGAACUUAUGUUCCCAGCAUAUGGAAAGCUAUCUUAGGUUUUAAGGUAGUAGAAAUUGCCCAGGAGUUUGACAGCAACUUUGUUUCCCAGGUCUAAAAUCGUAUCCCACUGAGGUGUAUGCAGUGGAGCAUAAUACAUGCAAAUACAUGCAAAACUCCUUUUGUUUCACCUAAGAUUCACUUUCUGUCUUACUUUCCCUUCCUGCCUAGUGUGACUUUUGCCCCCAAGAGUGCCUGGACAGCAUUCUAGUUUCUACAAAAUGGUCCUCUGUGUAGGUGAAUGUGUCCCAAACCUGCUAUCUCUUUCUUGUUUCAGUGUGACUGUCUUGUUAGAGGUGGAGUUUAUCCAGGGUAACUUGCUCACUAACUAUUCCUUUUUAUGGCCUGGGGUUAAAGGGCGCAUGGCUCACAUUGGUGAAAAUAAGGAAGGCCUGGUCUUAUCUUGUAUUAAUAAUACUGGCUACAUUCCACCAGCCAGAGAUUUCUAUCUGCGAAGACCUAUGAAACACUGAAGAGAAAUGUAGGCAGAAGGAAAUGGCCACAUAUCACAAGUUCUAUUAUAUAUUCUUUUGUAAAUACAUAUUGUUUAUUACUUGGAUGUUUUCUUAUAUCAUUUACUGUCUUUUUGAGUUAAUGUCAGUUUUUACUCUCUCAACUUACUAUGUAACAUUGUAAAUAACAUAAUGUCCUUUAUUAUUUAUAUUUAAGCAUCUAACAUAUAGAGUUGUUUUCAUAUAAGUUUAAGAUAAAUGUCAAAAAUAUAUGUUCUUUUGUUUUUCUUUGCUUUAAAAUUAUGUAUCUUUUCCUUUUCUUUUUUUUAAGAAUAAUUUAUUGUUCAGGAGAAAGAAUGUAUAUGUAACUGAAACUAUCUGAAGAAUGCACAUUGAAGGCCGUGAGGUACUGAUAAACUAAAGAAUUUAUUAUUCAAAAUACUAAGCAAUAAGUAAUUGUGAUUUAUUUAAAGUUUUGUCCAUUUUCCAUGAAAGACAUACUGCAAUAAAAAUGCUACUCUGUGGAGACCUGGGAGUGUUGCUCAGCAGACUACAGCUUCAGUCUGUUAGACCAGCACCUUUCAUCUCAUUCCCAUAGUUGUGCUAAUUUAGGAUUGUGUUCCAUGGACCCCGUGAUCACCUUGUCUAUACGUUGCUUCUUGUCUGUCCAUUGCUUUUGCCACACCACCUGUUCUCAAAUCAUCUCCUCCCUACCAAUGCUGUUUAUCACUUUCUUCCUUGUUGAAGAGGCCGCACAACCAGACAGUACUAUGCUUCCUUUUUCCUCCAUACACAAUAACAGAGAGAGAAUAUUCUAGGGCAUGACUGCCUGGAUCCUGGCUGUUGCUAUCUUUUGUAGUGGCAGUAAGAAACUCCUUCAGACUAAUGAAAAUGUCAAUGUGCCAUUCAAUCACGAAAGGUAACGAAAAAUGCUCUCAUGGUUCAAGUAGUCCAAUGGCCCAUAGUGGCCUAAAAGGCAGCCAGUUGACACCUGGCCAUGCCAUCCACUAAUGACUUUCCAUUGGGCCCACAAUUUACGGAUUCACAAUUUUAAAAGAGGAGAAGGCCAAGUUGGGUUCAUUCCCCUUAUUCUGUCAAUAAAACAAAUCAAACUCAUGUCUAUCUAACUGCUCAGGGAGGAGCCUUUGCAUGAGAAAAUUCUCAUAUUCUAAGACUGAGUCAUAGAAAUGAGGGUAUUACUUUUCUUACUGCAAUUAACCCAAACAAAAGCCAUAUUUUAACAAAUAGAUAUUUGCAUGGUACCCUUCAUAUAUUCCAAGCAUUUCACUCAUUAUUCCAGGUAGGUUAAGAGCUUCUGAAGUGUAUGAAGUAAAGGUCAGCAAUCCUUUGGGGUGAACAGUGGCCUCCUUUGGAGUUUGGGGGUAACCUGAGACUUCCCACCAAUGUCCACCUCCAUCUGUGUACCUAAUUCCUAUUACCUAGUUAUGGCUCCUCUAGGAUCAUUUCCAAACACUCUGGAUGUCCAGGAAAUUUAAAUUGUAGCUUUUGACUGAGCUAGUUUUUCCUAUUUAUAUUAAUAAAUUUUCAAAAAUGCUUGAAAUCUUCACAUUUGCAACAACUUUAGUUUUCAUGCACAUACAAACACAUAGAGAGACAAAAAUUGCAAACAGACACUCUCCAAAAGCCACCACACUCUUUCACUUGCUCUAUAGUCAUUUAGCCAACCAGCCAUGCAGAGAAUAUUUAAAACUUAAAGAUUGAGACAUUAUUCACAGUUUUUGCUGAGGCUUUGUAACCAAAUUGAACACUAUAAGCAGCUAUCGUAGUAAUUUUGGUUAAAAUUGUUUGCCUGGGAUAUAGUAUUUGAGGCAGAAGCACGUGUGUGAAGGAGGUGAGGUGGUUUGGAAGGAGUGAAGACUCGCAGCCAGAUUGAAUGUCUGGAUAAUUACUAUAAUUCUCCCUUCUUGGUUGAAACCAUGUUCUCUCUUGAUUUUCAAACCCAGGCUGCCUGUGGAAACAAGCAAACCUGAAUCUUUCUAACCUGAGUCUUCCCAAUCAUUAGAUUUCUUUUCUGUCCUAAUGAUGAAUGAUAAAAGGACUUGAUGUUCACAAUUUGGGGUUAUAAGGCAGGUCUGAAAUCUGGAGACUCAAGAUGCUGGAAGGAGUGGAAAGUUUCGAUGACUUUAUAUGAAUCACUUUGCACUCUAUGUUUGGCUUGUCCUCUUUGAAACUGAUUUACUAAAAUAAAUGUAAGGGAACUAUUACUCCAAAAGAUUAACUUGGCAGGAAAUACCAAUACUUUCAGUUUAUGAAAGACAAAACUGUCUUGUUGCUACAGGAAGCUGCAAUAUUCCUAACCUUUAAGGUUGGUGUUGAGUAGGGUGGUCAUGCCCUCCCCUGCAGGUAUCUUUAGGCUCCUGUUGACCUCCUGGUACUAUAACUGUUCGUCUUCUCUGGGUAGCUAUUGAUUUUGAACUUUAACAUGCUUCAAAACUUUAUUCAUCAGGGAAAUAGGAAAAGAGUUUUGUUACCUGGAGGAAAUCUAUUGUGAUCUACCUGAGCUUUUUAAAAACAGACCAGGAGAAGGAAACCAGUAAUUUUUAAAGAAGAGACAGAGAAUGGGAUAAUAGUUUCACCCAGGAUCUCUUUCUAACCCUUUCCCUUCAAAUGAACUUAUUGGAACAGAAUUGGAAAGAAGAAAGGACAUCUCUGCCCACCCCACAGGAUGCCAAAAAGGCUAAAGAAUUACCUCUGUAGAUUUAAACAUCUUUAAUGGCUUAUGUAUAGAUUUGCUAAUACAGAGAGAAAUGAACUAUUAAAUAAAAAUCACAUUUUAUAAUAUUUUUAUGGCUUAAAACAUCCUUUAUCUCCUUUUUGUUCUCUCUACACGAUAUGGUAAGUGAUGAGGAAAAUUUAGGCUCAGGAAGGUUAAAAUCUUUCUUGGAGUUACACAUCUAAGAGAGCUGCAGAGCUGACACUUGUACCCAGGUUUUCUGACUGCAAAUCCAGUUUCUUUCUAUUGCGCUCUUCCCCUUUCCCUGCCUCAAGCAGAAACAGGUUUUUUGUUUUCAACCUUUGUGUAUACAGUAUGUUAUGUUACAUCUACAGCUAAGUUUCUUUUUAGAAGAAUGUGAGCCCUUCUAGCUUUGGUUUAGAGUGAUUCUAGAAGCCAAUUUCCUUGGCUUAGUGAUUCUAUGCACCUUUCCUAAACUUAGCUUUCUAAGGAAAUGAAGUGUACCAGUGAGAAUGAAUUCACAAUUUUGACAUGUAGGUAGCAUCCUAAAGUGAAAAGAGGAGGAACUUUGUAGUCAAAGCACUCUCCCCACCACUUAGAAACUUACUGACUGUGGGCAGCUUCCUCCUCCAAGUUUCUUUCCUGAUUUACAAGACUGUGGUGUGGUCAGGAUUAAACUUGAAUACGUGUAAGGAAGCCUGAAAGUGUCUAACACAUAGCUAGUAUUCAAAUGCCACCUUCUAUUUGCUCCUUCCCCUCCAGUUCCUUAAGUUUUGGAAUCUAGGUUUCUCAGUUCCAAAUGGAUUGACAUUUGCAUAUCCCCAUUGCACAAUGGAUCAAAUAAACUUUAUGUUAUCAUUUCUCCAACAUAGUGCCAGUAAGCAAAUCCUUUUUAAUAACAACAGUAUGUUGAGAAACAUAUCACCAAAUAACAUUUAACUUUGUAGCUUUGAUAAGUUCUUUAGGUUUUGGUUUUGGUUUUGUUUUCUGAGACAGGGUCUUGAUCUGUCACCCAGACUGGAGUGCAAUGGUUCAAUUUUAGCUCACUGCAACCUGUAACUCCUGAGCUCAAGUGAUCCUCCCACCUCAGCCUCUCGAGUAGCUGGGACUACAGGUGUGCUCCACCAUGCCCAGCAAUUUUUUUUUUUUUUUUGGUAGGGGCAAGGUCUCGCUAUGUUGCCCAGGCUGGUCUUCAAUUCCUGGCCUUAAGUGAUCCUCCUGCCUCGGCCUCCCAAAGUGUUGGAAUUACAGGCAUGAGCCACCACCCAUAACUUUAUGUUUGUUUUUUUGAUGCAGUAUAAGUUCAGCGUGCUUCUUAUGCAGCCAUACCAUUUCAUGUUAACUCUGAUUUUUAGCAGCUUAUUACAUGUGUUUUAUUAUUAAUAUAAUUUAACAGAAAUUUACUAAACCAUGACUCUGUAGAGUUUUAAUACUACCUCCAAACAUCAUUGCAAACAUCUAGAAGAAUGAACAAAAAUGAUCUUAGGUCGACAGUAUAUCUGUUUGUCUUAGUUUCUACACAGGAUGUUCAGACAUAUUCCAUUUCUUAAAAAAAAAUAUAUAUAUAUAUAUAUAUAUAGUCCUGGCGCAGUGGCUCAUGCCUGUAAUCCCAGCACUUUGGGAGGCCGAGGCAGGCAAAUCACCUGAGGUCAGGAGUUUGAGGCUGGCCUGACCAACAUGGUGAAACCUCGUCUCUAUUAAAAUUACAAAAAUUAGCUGGGCGUGGUGGCACAUGCCUGUAAUCCCAGCUACUCGGGAGGCUGAGGCAGGAGAAUCACUUGAACCUGUGAGGCAGAGGUUGCAGUGAGUUGAGAUCACACCAUUGCACUCCAGCCUUGGUGACAAGAGUGAAACUCCGUCUCAAAAAAAAAAAAAAAAAAUAUAUAUAUAUAUAUAUAUAUAUAUAUAUAUAUAUAUAUAUAUAUAUAAAAUCCCACCAAAAGUCUGCAGAGCGACCAAAUUAGAGGAGUCUGGUUUCAGAUGAAAUUAUAAAUGUGAGAAACCACGUAGCUCCCAUGAUCCAUCCAAUAAUUCCUCACGUCCUCUUCACUCUUUACUCCAUGCAUAAAACAGAAUUUUUUUUUCUCAUCCUGGGUAUGAAGCAAUUAAUAAUUUACAGAUUUAGCCUAUUUGGAUUCAAUCCCUUCAAACUUCAUACUACAUCCAAGGUGGAAGUUACUUAAGCUCUGAUAUCAAUCAUCAGACUUGUAAUAUAGGCUUUGUUAAUGGCAGGAGAGUCUAAUAAAACUUUCUGUUCCUUAUCCUUCAUUUAAAUGAAAAACUUUUUAUUGAAAACAAUCAUAACUCUAGCUCAUCAUAAAUAUAAUUCAUGAGGACAUUUUAUUAUUUUUAUAUUAAAGAAAUAAUAUUAUAGAUGUAAACUUUGCACCUUUCUAAUUAUUAUCAUGAGUUAAGCUAAUACUUGUCUUCUGGUCCCUAGAUGAUGAUUCUUUUUUGCCUUACUGGAGGAGCCCUUGUCUUGAAGUGAGUUGCUUCAACAGCAGAGGACUUCUAGUUUCUCCCAGUUGGGCCUAAAGUGAACUUUUCAUCUUCUUCAGAGGAAAGGGCUUCCUUGAUUUGUACUUUUGUGGCUCCUCAGAUAACACAGACAAUUUUAUCUUGGAUCCCAGGUUCUCUUCACCAUUAAGAAUAAGAAAGAGAGAAAAUGCUGUGCAUGACAGCCACCUACUCCAAGCUACCCAACCCCCUGUAACCAGGUAUCUUCCGAUAACAAGAUGAUUCUGCCCUCACUCAAGAGUCUCCCCCACAAAGAUUCCAUUCUCCCUUUACUUUUUAUUUUUUAUUUUUUUGCAAAACAAAGGCCUCCUUUAGUACCUCCUUAGUUUAUAACCCUUAUCUUCCCAGCUCUUCCCUUCACUGAGACCUCUGAUUUCAAAAGUUCUGAAGUCGGAAGACCACACAAUUUCAGACUGUGAACAGAAAUUCAGUCAGAAAUUAUUGGAGUUAGAAAGAAUUUAGAGAAAUUGUAUUGAACUAGAAAGUCCUCUUUGAUUAGUGGUGGCCCUUUAGAAAGUUCUAGGGCAGAGUCCCAUGGUGUUUCAUCUUUUCCAUGAUGUGCUUGACCAAAAACUUCUCUUUCACAAAAUGAAAAUAUGCUAAUCCACCACACAUUUUGGAUUCUGCUCUGUUUGCCUGAGGUGUUAGAUCUCUAGCCAGGACUGUGAAGGGAAGGAACUUGAAUCCUUCCUAUUGAGCUAUUAAUGCAGAGUCAGUGAGAUGAAGGGUUCCACUCGGGGUCAAAAUCAUGUCAGUUACCAAGCAAAGGAGCAAGUGAGGGGAAACAUCUCCUCAUCUGGUUAGUGGAGCCACAUUUCACCCACUGAUCAAGCCAGACCUGAGCAAUAGUCUAGAUUUCUCCCUCCACAUCUAAUUGGUGACAAUGGUGAUUGUACCACUGACAGGUCACACAAGUCCACACCCUCCUUCACAGCCUCACUGCUUCGGCUCUUGUUUAUGCUCUUAUCAGCAUCUGUCACUGAGAUCCAUUUGUCUCCUGACUCAUCUACUUCCUUUCACUCCCCUGGGCCAUCCUUCACACCAUGCUAGAAGACUCUGUCUAACUUGCAGAACUUACUGUGUCAGUCUCCUGGUUACGGCCCCUCCAUGGCUCCCCACCUGACAUAGGAGGCCCUUCACAAUCUGGCUUCUGUCACUCAUAACUUGUCUCCAGCCUUCAUUCUUCAGUCUGAUUUUAUGGUUUUCUAGUUCCCCAAUACACCACACCAGUGUUUAUGAAACCCUAGUCAUUGGCAUAUGAACUUUAUGAUUAUUGACAUAUUCAUGUACCACCUGUAUUAUUUUUUGCAUAGUGUUUAUUUUUAAUUGACUACAUUUUUAACUACAAUAAAGUAAUUUCAACUAAAA